UAAGAUUACUUUCUUCCAUGAGUUCAAAUUAAGAAGUGGUAUGUAAAAUAAAAAAAGUGUAGAAGGGGAAAAUGAGAACCACAUGAUUGAUGAAGCAGAUAAGAGGUAUGCCAUUGGCAUGGCAGCAUGGAGUACCAACCAGAAUCCACCACUUCAUUAUUUUGUCUUCGACUUGGAUUGCAUCCUUCUCGUGAUUGCAACCCAAAAUUGAAAAGGUUGCAAUUGGUAGGGGCCAGGUAGUAGGGACAAAAUAUACGGUGUAAAUUGAAUUUGGCAUCAAUAUCGCACACAACUGCCCUGUUACUUUGAAUAGCAGCACAUGGGUUUGGCAGUGCAAGCCAGGUUUCGGGCAUGGAACUCAAUUCCAAUGCCACGUUGUUCCGGCAAUCGUAACGAGGGAGUGAAUGGAGGGCCAUCUCCAGCAGAGGAAUUUGCACCACUGGCCACCAAAUUUCAGAGGCGUCUUCUUGUGGGCACAGGGUCAGCUUCACUAGUGGCUUUUGGGGCAAACUUUGGAGGCAUCACCAGUUUUCUUCUUGGUUUGUCACCACAAAGUGGUCGCAAUCUGAAGCUGGACGUGCUUUAUCCAAUUGGUGGCUACAGCCGUUGCAUUGACACAAAGGAAGGAUUUGAAUUCAUAUACCCAGCAAAUUGGGUGGGAGAUCAGACAGUUCUGUAUCGAGCUGCUAAGAAAAGAGAGAUGGAACGAUCAUUGGAUCCUCCUCCCCUGAAUGUACGGCGGCGUUCUAACAUCAAUGAACCGGUUGUUGCAUUUGGUCCCCCGGGUUCCACUGGAGAACUCAAUGUUAGUGUAAUUGUUUCACCUGUCGCACCAGAUUUCUCGAUUGAAGUAUUUGGAGGGCCCGAUGAGGUAGGUGAAGCAGUGGUUCGAAGCAUAACAGGAUCAGGGCAACACCCUGAGGUGAAAGGCACAUUGAUAAAAUCAAGUUUGAGGGAGGAUUCUAUCAGAAAUGCCAAAUACUACGAACUGGAGUUCAGAGUUGAGAGCCCCUCGUUUAGGCGACACAAUGUCUCCGUCUGCUGCGCUCGUGGUGGUAGGCUUUUUACUUUAAAUGCUCAAGCACCCGAAUCAGAGUGGCCAGGAUUGAAGUUAGAUUUCUAUAGGAUUGCUAAUUCAUUUAGCCUCACAAUUUAGUGAUUCAAAACGAAGCUUCAAUAGGAAAUAAGGGCAGAAGCCUAGACCAAAAAGCUUCCCUUAG